AACAACGUCAGUUUCUUUCUGGCAACCCAUGGCGGCUGCUGGUUUCGCCGCCAUGUCCGCUCACCUUUGUGGUUGCAUUUCGCAGCAUUUACAAGGGGUACAAGGGGUUCUCCGCGUAGAAGCCAAUUUUUGAGUAGAAUUAAACACCCGGUACAAAGGGAUUCUCCGCGUCGUCCGCUGUAACAAGAUGAAAUAACCCGACUUUUCGCUUGUUAUUAUUUUCCCCCUCUUAAGAGAACGGACGCGAAGAUGCAGUCCGUCGGCGUCGGUCAAGGGCGGGGUAGUUCCACUCGUACUGCUCUAGCAAGCGGUGCGUCGCUAACGAGUGGUGCUAACGUAACGAAGCCCGCUGUAACGAGGCCCGCUGCACUGUCAGUGAGGUCCAGGGGUUCUGACGACGCUCCGUCAAGGCGGACAGCUGUCGGCUGGGCUGCGUCGCUUUUCAUUGGCUCGCUUCUGGGGGGACUCCUUGCUGCUUCCGUAAUACCCGCAGUAUUGCCUCCUCUCCCUUCCUCUGGUGAAGCAACCACCUCUCUCUCCUCCUCAAGUGCUUUCUCACCCUCCACUGCUACAACUGCUGCUGCAACUGCUGCUGCAGCUUCUGCUGCUGGUGCUGGUGGUGGCGUUUCCAUGCCCAUUUCAGCUUCUGCUGAUGCUGCCAACGUGGCAGCAGCUGCUGCUUCAUCGGCUGCUGACGUGGCUGCUGUCAGCAACGCCACGUGGAAAUGGGACGCUGCUGGCAGCCAGAUGUCAGCAGAGGAGCUUCUCCUGCAGAACACGGAGCUGCGCAACAACCUGGGGAAGCUGCGGCAGACGAUGAUGCUGGAGGCUAAAGCACGGAUGGCCCAGCUCAAGAGCAUUCUCAAGGAGAUCAAGCUGGUGCAGGACGAGCGUGCCCUGACCUUCUAUGUGGACGACAGGGGCCUGCCAUCACCACCGCCAGAGUUGAAGGAGAUUGCUGCAGCAUCAUUGAGACGACGACCAGACGUUGAUGCCAAGGAGGAGGAGCUGGUGGCUCGAGCACAGGUGCGCGUGCUGUCCUUGCGCGAGGAGAUAGAGCGAGCAGCGCAUGCUGCCCUGCGACAGCAGUUUUCCCGGUGUGCUGCUUUGCUGCAGCAAGCCCAGGAGGCCCAGCAGGUGCACCGACAAGCCCUCCAGGCAUCCCUUGCCGCACAUUCAGUGCUCUCGUUGCGAGCAGCGGCGCUGGCAGUGCUGAAGCAGCCAGGCAGCGGGGACAGAGUGAAGCGUUUGAGGGAGGAGCAGCAGCAGCUGCUGGCCUCGCCUGCAGCAAGGGACGCCUUUCUCUCAAAGCUGGAAGCUGCUGAAGCAUCUCUGUGGUCUGACCUAUUCUUUUCUGCAGCCCACUUCCCUUCGAUCUUCCUCUCCAUGGACCACCACCCCUCACGUAUCUCAUCCAUGCAGCACUUAGUUAGCACUCAGAACGAAACAUUUUCGGCUCUUAGAGCUGACACCGAGCGCGCUGCCGCUGCAGUGAAGGAAGCAAAGGGGAAGCUUCCAGAGCUGUGCCACGUCAGCGCCUCGUGGGUGAGGCCUGACGGUGCUGACGUGUCACCCUGUGCACUGGCCAAUAGGAUAACAGACGAAGAGAGUAGGGGGAAAACCACAGACAGGGGCAGAUCAGGGGAAGGAGAGGAAGCCAAAGGAAUGGGAGGAGAGGGAGGAGGAGAAGAGAAGGGCGGGGAAGGGGAAAAUGGGAAGGCGCAGACAGCUGUUGGUGAGCUAUUGAGUCAAGUGAACGGGGCACGGGACGAUAAGUCAGACCCCCUAUCAGGUCCCUUAGCCCCCUCUGCUCUCUGGCAGCAACCCCUGUGGGGCCUUCCCUUCUCCAGCCAUCCUUCCGCCUUCCCCUCCUUCCCUCACUCCUACGCCUUCAAUUCUCCCGCCUCCUCCCCUUUCUCACCCUCCUCCUCCUCCUCCUCCUCCUCCUCCUCCUCCUUGCUCUCACCUGCCUCGCUAUCACCAGCUACAGCUCAGGCGACUGUAGCAGGUGCUGAUUCUGUGGCUACAGCCGCUGCUACAGCUGCUGCUACAGCUGCUGCUGACGCCCAUGCCAACUCCACUGCACCCUCCAGCUCGUCUGCCUCAUCAUCAGCAAGCGCCAGCUCAUCCACCGACUCUGCCACGUCAGCAGCCGCCACAUCAGCAGCUGCAGUGAACAUCUCGUUCCUCAUCUACACGUCACCCCCCACCACGUCGACCCUAGAUCUGGUCUCAAAGCUCUUCGAGUGCACACAGGGCAGGCUCAAGGCGGGCACCAUUGGGGGGCAGUUGGGGGGAUUGACGUCUGAAGCGCUAGUGCUUAUAGAUGGUCCGUCCAUUCCGCUACACCAUGCUUCUGCCAUGGUCCGCAGUUCAAAAAGGUCAGGAGAUGGAGAGAGCGGCAGUGGGAAUAGUAGCAGCAGCAGUGGUGUUGGUGGCAGCAGCAGCAGUAGCAAUGCUGGUGGUGGUGGUGGUGGUGGUGGUGGUGGGAGCAGCAACAGCACCGAAGCCAUACCAGGCACCAUCCCUGGUUUUGAGAAGUACUACAACCCCUCGGAGUGGAUCCAAGCCACCCAGCGAAGCUCCCCUGGUGCCUUCCUCACGCACAUCCUCGCCCCGUCCCGCAUGGGCGCAGCCCGCGCCUACAACCUCCUCUCCCUCCUCGCCCGCGGCUCCAUACUCAUCCUCCUCUCGGGCGGCGAUCUGCCACCCGACUCCUGCGCCUGGGCGGCGAAUCUCGUCUCGCCUUUCUCCGCCUGGCCCCGGCUGGGGAUAGCCGGGCACGCCAUGGGGAAGAUGGGGCUGAGGAACGUUCCGGGAAGCCUGCAGCUGGGGGAGGUGCGGAACGCGUGGGACCAGUUUUGGAAUCGGUUGAGGGAUCCGGUGACGGGGGUGAGGAUGAGCUUUGUGCUGGGCACGGUCACAGGGCCCAUGGCGGUGCGGCGAGAUGUGUUUGUGAAGGUGGGGGGGUUCAGUGCGGUUGAUGGGGGCGUGGAUGCACUCUCGGAUUGGGACCUCUGCCAGCAUGUGUGGCUCUCGGGCCAUCAGGUGGCAUUGGUGUAUCAAGAACCAGAUCUUCGUUUCCAAGCCACGAACGAGGUGAGCAGGAGCCGAGAGAUGGCACGCUCAACCGAGUUAUGGUCUCCUGACCAUUCCGUGAUCCAUCCCAAUCUCACAGCUAGAAUCGUUUCUGAAGUGAAGCACAUGAACAGAUAUCUCAAGCCACUGUUGAUAUGGGAGUAAAGAUCAUUGGACCUUUGAAAGCAUUAAAUAAAGUUGAGCUUA